GAGCUGAAGUCACAGGCAUUUGUGAGGUGUCUGAUGUGGGUGCUGGGAAUCCCCUCUCCAGCCCCUCCAUAUUGAUCUCUAUUGUUUCUGUUGUAGAGAAGUGCCUGAAGUAAGGAAGAAAGCACAAUGUCCUCAGUGUCAUCUGAGUACACCAUUGGCGGGGUGAAGAUCAGCUUUCCUUGUAAAGCUUACCCGGCACAGCUUGCCAUGAUGAACUCUAUUGUCAGAGGACUAAACAGCAGCCAACAUUGUUUGUUGGAGAGUCCCACAGGAAGUGGAAAAAGUUUAGCUUUACUUUGUUCUGCCUUAGCAUGGCAACAAUCUCAUAAUGGGAAGCCAGUGGAUGAGGGCUUGAAUAAAAAAGCUAAGGUGCCAUCGUCAUGUUGUUGUGCAUGCCAUUCAAAGAAUUUUAUGUACAGUGACACGAACCUGGGUACUUCACCUCAUUUCAGUAGUCCCAGCAAACCGCCUCCUGAGAGAAAUGGAGUCUCAUCACCCUGCCGUGACUCUCCUGAAAAAAAUACUCUGGCUGCGAAGUUAUCUGCCAAGAAACAGGCAUCGGUACACAGAAAUGAAGAUGAUGAUUUUCAGGUAGAGAAGAAAAGAAUCCGACCCUUAGAAACUACACAGCAGAUGAGAAAACGUCACUGUUUGGAAAAGGACGUCCACCAUUUGGAUGCACAAGUAGCUUCAGAACAGAGAGUCAAGCCUGCGUCUCCUGUAGGAAAGACAAGCUCCUCUUUCCAAAAUCCCGAUGGCCUCUGUUCCAGGUGCUGUUGUUCUGCCAAACAAGGAAACACUGAAGAGUCUGCAAGUACUAUUAAGAAAGAUCACGGGGGACAAUCCAAGAGACCUAAAAUUUACUUUGGGACACGCACACACAAGCAGAUUGCUCAGAUUACUAGAGAGCUCCGUAAGACGGCCUAUUCGGGGGUCCCGAUGACUGUUCUCUCCAGCAGGGAUCAUACGUGUGUUCAUCCUGAAGUAGUGGGGAACUUCAACAGAAAUGAGAAGUGCAUGGAAUUGCUGGAUGGAAAACAUGGGAAAUCCUGCUAUUUUUAUCAUGGUGUUCAUAAAAUUAGUAAUCAACAGACAUUGCAGUCUCUUCAUGGGAUGUCCAAAGCCUGGGACAUAGAAGAACUGGUCAGCCUUGGGAGGAAGCUGAAGGCUUGCCCUUACUACACAGCUCGAGAAUUGAUAGAUGAUGCUGACAUAAUAUUUUGUCCCUACAACUACCUCUUAGAUGCGCAAAUAAGGGAAAGUAUGGAUAUAAAGUUGAAAGAACAAGUUGUCAUUUUAGAUGAAGCUCAUAACAUUGAGGAGUGUGCUCGGGAAUCGGCCAGCUACAGUGUAACAGAAGUUCAGCUUAGGUUUGCUCGGGAUGAGCUGGACAGUUUGGUCAACAGUAAUGUAAGGAAGAAGAACCAUGAGCCUCUACGAGAUGUGUGCUAUAACCUCAUUAAUUGGUUAGAGACAAAUUCUGAACAUCUUGUAGAAAGGAGCUAUGAAUCAUCCUGUAAAAUAUGGAGUGGGAAUGAAAUACUGCUGGAGUUGUACAGAAUGGGCAUCAGCUCUGCCUCCUUUCCCACUCUGCAGAGACAUUUUUCAGCUGUUCUUCAAAAAGAAGAAAAAGUCACAUCGAUCCAUGGUAACGAGGAGGCAAUACAAAUACCUAUUAUUAGUGCUUCAACUCAAGUCAUGCUCAAAGGACUCUUCAUGGUGCUUGACUAUCUCUUUAGAGACAAUAGCAGAUUUGCAGAUGAUUAUAAAAUUGCUAUUCAGCAGACUUAUUCCUGGACAAAUCAGAUUGCUGUUUUUGAUAAAAAUGGGGCCUUGGCUGUACCCAAAAAUAAGAAACAUUCACGACAGAAAAUUGGAGUUUAUGUGCUAAACUUUUGGUGCUUAAAUCCAGCUGUGGCCUUUUCAGAUAUUAAUGACAAAGUACGUACCAUUGUUCUAACAUCGGGAACGCUGUCACCCCUGAAAUCCUUUUCAUCUGAGCUUGGUGUUUCAUUCAACAUCCAACUAGAGGCUAACCACGUCAUCAGUAACUCCCAGGUUUGGGUUGGUGCUGUUGGCUCAGGCCCUAAGGGUCGGAGUCUUUGUGCUACUUUCCAGCAUACCGAAACAUUUGAGUUCCAGGAUGAAGUGGGAAUGCUUCUGUUAUCUGUGUGCCAGACUGUGAGCCAAGGUGUUUUGUGCUUUUUGCCAUCUUACAAGCUAUUAGAGAAAUUAAGAGACCGUUGGGUUUUCACUGGCUUAUGGCAUAGUUUAGAGUCGGUGAAGACAGUCGUUGCAGAACCCCAAGGAGGAGAGAAAACUGAUUUUGAUGAGUUGCUGCAGGUGUACUACGAUGCCAUCAAGUUCAAAGGAGAAAAAGAUGGAGCCCUUCUCAUAGCAGUUUGUCGUGGCAAAGUGAGCGAGGGUCUGGAUUUCUCAGAUGACAAUGCCCGUGCUGUCAUAACAGUAGGAAUUCCUUUUCCAAAUGUGAAGGAUCUUCAGGUUGAACUAAAACGACAAUACAAUGACCACCACUCAGAAUUGAGAGGUCUUUUGCCAGGACGUCAGUGGUAUGAAAUUCAAGCAUACAGAGCUUUAAAUCAGGCUCUAGGCAGGUGUAUUAGACACAAAAAUGAUUGGGGAGCUCUUAUUCUGGUGGACGACCGCUUCAAUGGCAACCCGAAGCGCUAUAUAUCAGGACUUUCUAAGUGGGUACGGCAACAGAUUCAGCACCACUCAACCUUUGCCAGCGCACUAGAGUCUCUCACUGAGUUUUCUAAAAGACACCAGAAAGAUACCAAUAGAUCCAGAAGAGACAGAAAAUGUAUAAAGGACAGUGAGUCUACUUUGGAAGUGGCCUGUUUGGAGGACAGCACUCUUGCACGCAUGUCAGAAACAAGUCAUCUAUUACCAGAAAAUUCUAGGGAAGAAGAAGCAAAAGAGUCUGUCCGGGAGCUGCAGUGUCCCCAGCCGGCUGCUAAAAACCCAUCAGUGCCAAGUCAUGGCAUCUCCAGGAAGAAGAAAAGUGAUCCCGUACGGAAAAAAGAGUCUGUUCAGACAGUGAAAACAGAAAAAAAUGUGAUUUCCAGAUCCUCAAGCCCAACUUUUGGAAAACAAGCAGAGCCAGUCAGCUGGCCUAUCUUUAAUUCUCUGAGGCGGCAUUUCACUAGUAAAGUGAAGAAUUGCACACCUGCUCUCGGGCCGUCAGAGAACCAUGCUCCUGGUUCUUCUACCUUCAACACAGAAAAAACAGAAAACAAAACUGCUUUGCCACUCACAGUGAAGUGUGCGUCCUCAAAUGAAACAGCGGACACAUCAUGCGUGCCUUGCCCUCAGCCAGAAGUCGUGAUGUCACCAGUGAAGGUUGACAUCAGCCCUGCUAAAAACCAUUGCAAACAGCCACUCGGCUCUGAGAAAGACCUGCAUCCGCAGGGCGAGUUGUCUCCAGCACGUGAAGAGGCGCAGCGUCCCAGAUCAGAUGAGGCUGUGGAAACAGACAUCGAGGCUGACUCUCUCUGUUUCACACCUGAGCUUUUUGAUCCUGUUGAUGCAGAUGAAGAAAACAGGGAACUAACUGAAACUGAUAGAUCCAGUAAUAAUUCAGAUUGUUUUUCAGCUGAAGAACUUUUGGAAACGGUAGCUGGAUUCGGGCAGAAAUGAAAGUCAAAAGUUUCACAGACACAAAGCUGAAUGGAGUCACACCAGCGGAAGAGAACAAAGCUGACAACUUGUAUAAGCGAGUUAGA